GGAGGAUGUUGCGGAUCUAUGAAAAAACGAACGAUUGUAGGCGGGUACGCAUUCUGCUGGUGGUUCGUCACGGAUGUCCAACGUCUGUCUCUGGAGGUAAUGACUCUAAACCCGGUGUGUGAGAGCGUUGAAACAGCCCAGGGUGUCCCACUGACUGUAACUGGAGUCGCCCAGUGCAAGAUAAUGAAGGCUGAUGAAUUAUUACAUACUGCGAGCGAGCAGUUUUUGGGAAAGAGCACUCAUGAAAUUAAGUGCACUAUUUUGUCAACUUUGGAGGGACAUCUUAGAGCUAUUCUUGGUACGCUCUCUGUCGAAGAAGUUUACAAAGAUCGGGACCAAUUCGCAGCACUGGUACGCGAAGUUGCUGCUCCGGAUGUUGGACGUAUGGGAAUAGAGAUAUUGUCAUUUACUAUCAAGGAUGUUUAUGAUGAUGUUCAAUAUUUAGCUUCUCUGGGUAAAGCUCAGACAGCUGCUGUUAAACGUGAUGCUGAUAUUGGUGUUGCUGAGGCUAAUCGUGAUGCUGGAAUUCGGGAAGCGGAAUGUGAAAAAACAGCAAUGGACAUCAAAUACAACACGGAUUCUAAAAUAGAAGACAAUGCCCGUCUCUUUCAGCUACAAAAAGCGAAUUUCGAUCAAGAAGUCAACACAGCUAAAGCCGAAGCUCAGCUUGCCUAUGAACUUCAAGCGGCUAAAAUAAAGCAAAGAAUAAGGAACGAGGAGAUUCAGAUUGACGUUGUUGAGAGACAUAAGAUGAUAGAGGUUGAAGAACAGGAGGUUCGUCGUAAGGAGCACGAGCUUAAGAGUACAGUUCGUUUGCCUGCUGAGGCUGAGCAUUAUAAGAUGACCACUGUCGCGGAAGGAAAAAGAACGCAAACUGUUGAAAAUGCUAAAGCCGAAGCCGAGAAGAUAAGGUUGAUAGGAGAGUCAGAGGCUAAAACAUUAGACAUUAUUGGUACCGCAGAAGCCGAAAGAAUGCGUUUGAAGGCCCAAGUCUAUAAAAAAUAUAACGAGGCAGCUAUAUUGAAUAUUGCUUUGAACGCAAUGCCUAAGAUUGCCGCCGAGAUCGCUGCCCCUCUGGCGAGAACAGACGAAAUCGUACUUCUGGGAGGUAACGACGGCAUAACUAAUGAACUGACCCGUCUGGUGGGUCAAGUGCCACCGGCGGUGCAAGCACUCACUGGUGUUGACCUGUCUAAAGUUUUAGGAAAAAUUCCGGGGGCUAAAUAA